UAAAACUGCUGUCUCGUAUAUAUUUUCAAAGAUGCCGUAUGCGAACCAACCAACGGUCAAAAUCACGAGAUUAUCUGAGGAGAAUGUUGAGUUUGUCAUCGAGAACACUGAUUUGAGUGUUGCCAACGGUUUGAGAAGAAUAUUCAUAGCAGAAGUUCCGACAAUCGCUAUUGAUUGGGUUCAAAUUGUUAGUAACUCAACUGUACUACACGAUGAGUUUCUAGCUCAUCGAAUUGGGUUUAUUCCUCUUACAAGCGACGAUGUGGUUGAUAAAAUGCUUUACCCGACGGAGUGCCAAUGCAGCGAGUUUUGUCUCGACUGUUCUGUCGAAUUCAGUCUUGAUGUCAAGUGUUCUGAUGACGUCACACGUCACGUGACAAGUCGUGAUUUGAUAACUACAAACGGCCGAGUCGUCCCGGUGACAUCCAAACACAGAGACGAUGAAGCAGCAGAGUAUGGAGACAUCGAAGACAUUCUGAUUGUGAAAUUGAGGAAAGGUCAAGAACUGAAAAUCAAAGCAUAUGCCAGAAAGGGUUUUAGCAAGGAACACGCCAAGUGGAACCCAACGGCCGGCGUAUCAUUCGAAUAUGAUCCAGACAACGCACUACGACACACGACAUAUCCAAAACCAGAAGAAUGGCCAAAGAGUGAAUUUUCGGAGCUACCGGAGGAUCAACAUGAAGCGCCGUAUGACUACAGUGCUAAGGCAGACAAGUUCUUUAUUAACGUUGAGUCUACUGGUGCAUUGCGACCCGAGAACAUCGUGCUAUCUGGACUCAAAACACUGAAAGACAAGCUGGUCAACCUUCAAACAGCAUUCCAAAUUGAGAUGGCAGAAGAAGUGCUACGGGUGUGAUGUGAUGACAUUGACUCAUUUACACAUCAUCAGAGACUGUAGUUGCGCAUGUAUAUAAAACAAUAGUCUAACAAAGUUUUCAUCAAUUAGAGCGUAUGGUGCAGACUGGUUG